AUGAUCUCAAACUACUUUUCGAAUGUGAAGCAGAGGCGUGUUCAUGCUCUAUUCCGCAAUGGAAAGGAAACUGAGCACGGGGAUUUGCAAACGAGCCCCAGGGGCUGGCCUGAGGAGCCACACACCGCUCAGCGGUCUGCGAGCUUGACGACACUGGAGGCUUCGGAUGCCGCUGAUAGAGCAGAAACCACAAGUCGUGCUCUGAGCGCUGCUUCUGGAGUUUCCGAACGAAACUGUUCCGAGGCUGUUGGGUCCAGCGUUUUCGCCUUCGAUGGUUCAACAACUGGAGUGCGCAACGACGACACGAUUGCUGCUCCGAGGUCUUGCAACGAGGAUCAGGAGCACUGGAGUGCGCCCGUCACUGGAUGCAGGACCAAAGUAACAGAAAAAGACUGGGUGCCGUUGCUCGAAAUCAUGGAUGGCAUUGAGAGUGCACGCUUACUGCUCCGGGCUCGCCAAGCACGACCUACAUUCGAGCAAGUUCAAGCUGUGGUUCAGUGGAAGUGUCGGCGGGAGCUCACAAGGCAGCGACUGGAUCAGUUACUGGGGCUAGUUCCAGAGGUAUUUAUGAUUCACCGUUUCGGACCUGGCGAAACCGACUUGUGCAUUGAGCUGCGGGAGCAGUUCUCCUCAAUGCGAACGGAAUCCUCAGCGGAUUCGGUCCAAGUUACCCGCUUCGGUGACGCCUAUGGCAUUAUGAAGCGUCGCGCGCUGCUUCGUGAGCGUCUCGAGGCCAUGGAACGGCCCGCACCUGCUUGUUCAGAUGAAGCAAUGCGCCGAAGCGCAUCACAACCGCUGGAUGUGCCUUCGUGCGGGAAGCCGAUCCUCGAAGGCGAUUCGAACGCUACAGCCUAUUCGCCACAGCAACACGCUCAUCGGAAGCGACGCUUCGCGGAUGGAUGCAAUUCCCAGGACAUGAGCCACGAUACAGUACCACCAACGCCACCACAACCAUUCGCAAAGCGAAAGCGGACGAAUGAUGAUUUUUCUCCGGCAGACGAGUUGGUCGGAGAGCAUACCCCGUGGAAGCGCGCCCCACAGGCGCCGGUUGCGUCGGCGCCACGACCCGGGGCCAGUUUCCGUCGAGAAAUGGACGUAGACGGUUGCGCGUCCAUGCAGAGCCCUGAACUUGUCGGUUACGCAUCGCCUGUCACAGAGUCGUCGGCGUCCGGCAAGUCGCACCCAGCGUCUUUCUCCCAGGUUUCCACUGUCGAUUCACGUGAUCAACGAAUGCAAAGAGACAACGCUGUAUUGCGGUCCACGAAUGACGCCCUCUCUGCUACACUCGAAAUCGACGGGUGCUUACCAGCGGAGCUCAUUCAACGCAUUCGCGAUCGAGCGGCAGAGCGGGACUGCAUAGAAUCCAGUCGGCGUCAUGAGGAAACGUGCCUCAAUAUUCGCCGGCUCAUACACGCAGCAGACCUCGUUUACAGCUUCUUUCAGACGCCAUGCGUAUUGGGUAGACCUCGCCGAUCUGUAGAACUUGACCAGUUGACCGCUUUUCUGUGUCAACAACACGAUAGUGCUCCUCAAAGCUACGAGGAUGCUCGUCAACAGCUGCAACAGCUUUGCGAGCACAGCGCCGGUUGGUGCUGGCUAGAAAAAGGCUCUGCAAGUGGCAAAACACUCUUCCGCAUCAAUGCGGAUCGCAAUGCUUUUCGGGAAAUGAGACUCGCUUUGACAUCACUGCUCUCUGAACUGCGCAAACAAAUCCAAUUGAACGACACUGCUGGACGAAACGAAGGUCCAAGCCGCUCAGCCGCCGCCGUGAACGCUCACGAGCCGCAUCGCCUGGAACACCUGCAGCAACCGUUUUAG